AUGCGACACACCAGCUGCCACCUCCCCAAUGGCCUCUCGUUCACCGUGACGCCCGUUUUUGGCGGGGUCACCUUCAAAUCGAACGACGCGCUCUCGCACAGCUCGAACUCAACCUUCCCGCCGGGCUGGACGAUCAUCAUCCACAGUGAAAAGGUCCUCAAGAAUCCUCCUGCCGAAGAACGAGGACGGACAGGCUCUGAGGAUGGGCACCCUUCGUCCAGCGGUAGCGACGAUAACAUCACUCGCUUCACCACCCCCACUUUGAACCGCGACUGCCUCUAUAUUUCCUACAUUGUCAACCCGCCGUCCAGCGAUUUCAAGCCAGUGGCCUCGCUGACGCGCCAGAUUGCGAUGAUGCUCUGGGCUACUCUCUGGUGGUACUUCCACGAACCCGAGCCCGAUCUGCAUCUCGAAACAGUUGCUUCAAGCGCGACACCGCACGAUGGACGGCCGAAGGGAGAGUGGCUGCUGAACAUCAAACGAGAGGGCAUUUUCCAGGGCCGGAACUUGCUGCAGAAGCUCGAGCGCAUGGGCUUGAUUGCUAGCCAGGACUCUUCCGUCGGUCUGCAGCCCAUGGAGACGCGCGACUCAAGCAGCUGGUCGAACAUGUUCGUGAGCCGCCGGAGCUUCUGGCAGCUCGACCCUCGUCUGUUCCUUUUCACACUGACGCCGCGUGGGUCUCUUCCGUCGCCCUCGCUGACGCCCUUCCAGUCUCGACAUGCCUCUCCAGCACGGGAUACUCUGUCGAGUCCGGGUACCUUGUCGCCGGCGGAAGCUUUGUUUCAUACUGCCAAUGUUGGGACGUUCACCUCUGCCGGACCCUUUACAUCGGCUAGUCAUCUGCCAACAUACUACCCACCGGCACCCACUCAGUACACCUUCACCAACGGUGUGCGCCAUCCCGUCCGUCCCAAGCCGCCGCAUCAAGGGGAGGUCUUCUAUGUGCGCCAUGUUCCCAGCGUGACCCAGUAUCUCUCAUUCCGAGUACCCUUCCUGCCGAUGACCAAACCAGGUGCUGGACAAGGAGGCAGCACGGGGAGUCGGCCAUCCACACCUAACCGGGCCGUUAGCUCCUCGGUAUUAUCCAUUGAGCAACAUCUCAGCGAGAACGUAUCAUCUGACCUCGACACGUUGCAUCGGUGGAUGAACGAUCCCCGGGUUGAAGCCAUGUGGCAAGUCAGUGGCGAGCGGGAUGUCCAAGAGAAAUUCCUGCUGGGCAAUCUCACCAGUCGCCACAGCUUCCCCGCGAUCGGCUGCUGGGAUGGAAAGCCAUUCGGAUACUUUGAGAUCUACUGGGUGAAAGAAGACCCGCUGGGACGGUUGGUAGACCAUGUGGACAACUACGAUCGGGGCAUCCACGUUCUUGUUGGCGAGCAGGAGUUCCGAGGUCCGCACCGCGUCGCCAUCUGGUUGAGUGCACUGGUGCACUAUUGCUUUUUGUCUGAUAUGCGGACUGAGACGGUUUACCUGGAGCCGCGGGUGGAUAAUGCCAAGUUCAUCAAGUAUCUUCAGGAAGCUGGCUUCUAUAAAGAAGGCGAGGUGAGCUUUCCGCACAAGCAAUCGGCCGUGAUGAAGAUCAAGCGUGAUUCCUGGGAAGCUCCGGCUCUGUGA